AUGGUGUUGGACGUGCAGGGAAGAGCGGCCGCGGAGAGGGCGCUGGAACGAGGCACCACCACGCCAGGACAGGCGGAGAGGGAGGGAAGAGGCGUAAGAGAGACUGCGUUGGCGGGGGAAAUCGGUUCUGAUCGCGUGAUGGGAGAGCUGUCCGCUGGCGCAACUUGCGGGAGACGCAACGCCAGACGGGUGAGGAUUAAAGGAGCAGAUACUGGGGGCGCGGAAGGGGAUAACGCGCGGAAGGGGAUGGGCGCGGAAGAGGAUGACGAGGAAGGGGAUGAGGCGCGGAUUCCCCUGAUUCCCCUCCUUUCCCCCCUUCCUUCCCCUCCUUUCCCUCCCUGCCCCCCCCUCCUUUCCCCUCUUGCUUGCCGCUGUUCCUCUCCUCCCUUCCCUCUCCUCCCUCGUUCAAUCUCCUCCCCUCCCUCUCCCAUCUUCCCUACCCCCCCGAAUUAUUCUCUCCCCUUUUCUCCUCCACCCCCUCUUCCUAUCUCCUCCUCCUCUUCCCCUCUCAUAUCCCCUCGUUUACCCCCCUGCUAG